UCCAGUACCUCUUCUCCUGGAAAAUAGGGAAUUACCUUACCAGUAUAUGGGUGAGAAAAUAAAAAAAAAGUAGCAGGCUACAAAACAAGUCUAUCACGAUAAUAACUAUCAACGACAUACCGAUAUGCCGGUUAUGAUGACGCUGAGGGUGACGUAACGCGCGCUGCUCGUGGCUGCUGGCAUCUGAAGAGAAUUUGAAACUGAACCGGUGGACUAGAGUCGAACCCAAGGGUCCAAAACAUCACCAAAAACCUAUUCACUUCAAACCGGAGUAACGAGACGAGUUUGUUUACAGUCUUAGUUGGAUUCAUUCAGAGUUUAUUUCAAACAAUUUGUCGGUUGGACUAACGUUACAGCUGUUAUUCCCUUGAGAAGAGGAAGAGAGUGUCCGCUGUGAACUUUACACUCGUGCCGCUUUUGUUCUGCACGGAAAGGAAGUACUGUCUAUCACUGUGUUUUUGAACAAAAUGAGGCGAAUCUCCGUGUACCGUGUUGGUCUGCGCAGAAGACGGAGUUUAAUCUGGGAGUUUUAGCUGAAUCUUUAAGGGCUAACUGCUAAUCUCUGCUACAUGUAGCUGGGGACUCUUAGCAUCUAUCGUCGCGUUCGAACUCAACCAAACUUUUAAGUUACUCAAAUGUAGCGGCUCUGUUUAUCGCAACAUUCAAUGACUAGAAAUUAACAAAAUAUCUUGUUUCCGAAACACCUUUAUCCUCAACUGUGUCUUAAUCCCGUCAAAAGGGAUAUUGUGUACGUGCUUUUAACGGUGGUGACUCUAAAACAUGAUCUGUAUGCUGGUGAAGUGAUUAACCAGUCUACACACUUUACUGGACGCUCGCUGGAUAGUCGCUGUAAACUGGUUGUAGUGGAGUGGUGAUCAUCGUACUGGUUUCUGUAAAGUAGUGAUGGCCCGGAGGAGGCUGGACAGUCGCAGUGGAUCCUCUGCUUUGCUGUCAGAGAUCCAAACUCAGAUUCAACCGGAUGCUCUGGACGCCGUGUUUGAGAUGGGCAAUGAGCUGGGCAGGGGGAAGUUCGCUGUGGUUAGGAGGUGCGAGGAAAAGGCCACAGGGAAAGUCUUUGCUGCAAAGUUCAUUAAGAAGCGGAGACGAGGCCGUGACUGCAGAGCGGAGGUCGUUCACGAGAUCGCUGUUUUAGAGGCUGCAAAGAAUAACCCUCGUGUGGUGAAACUGCAUGCUGUAUAUGAGACUGAUCAUGACCUCGUUCUUCUGCUGGAAUAUGCUGCGGGUGGUGAGAUUUUCGACCACUGUGUGUCAGAUGAGCUGCUGCCUGAAGGUCAGAUCACUCGUCUGAUCAGACAGAUGCUAGAGGGAAUUCACCAACUUCACCAGAGCAAUGUAGUCCACCUAGACUUGAAGCCCCAGAAUAUUCUUCUGACCAGUCUGAGCCCAUUGGGGGAUAUAAAGCUGGUGGAUUUUGGGCUGUCUCGCAGGUUGGGCUCUGUUGGAGAACUCAGGGAGAUUCUGGGUACCCCUGAGUAUGUAGCCCCUGAGAUCCUGAAUUAUGAACCGAUCACCACAGCAACAGAUCUUUGGAGUGUGGGUGUGAUAGCAUACAUGCUGGUAACAGGAGAGUCUCCAUUCGCUGGCGAGGAUAAACAGGAGACUUUCCUAAAUGUAUCCCAGGUGAACGUGGACUACAGCAUGGAGGCCUUCUCAAGGGUUUCUGAGCUGGCUGUCGACUUCAUCCAGAAGCUUCUGGUCAAAUCACCAGAGGAUCGCCCUAGUGCAGCUGAUUGCAUGACCCAUCCCUGGCUGUGGCUCCAUUAUUCGGUUUCUGAUCCGAUACCCGUUACCCCACGCACUCCUCUGGAACGGAGUUUCGGUGGGAAGUGGUCUGCGCCACCCGAGGACCGUGAGGACAAAGAGAACAUUCUGGACUCGCCACACACCAAGAGGUUCCGAUUUGAAGACAGUAUGUCAGCCACAGGGGACGGUGACCACUUAUGCUGAUGCUCAGUGGAGUCGCACUUUCACUAAAUUGCAUCCCAUUUUUGGUCCUUGUUGAUGCCAGAAUAUUCUCCAAUGCAGCACCAGCAAAAGAAUGCUUCGGUCUUAAUUCUGUUUUCAUUGCACCAAAGAUGAUCUUUCCUCAAAAGGGCCAAGUCUGGUGAAAUACUAUAUAUAUAUAUAUUAUAAUAAUGAGCUUCGAAAUAUCUAUGUUUCCGUCCUGUUAAAAGUUUUUUUACCUUUCCUGUCAUAUUUUGAUUUUAAAUGUUAAGAUUUUUAUUUUAAUGCCACUCAGUAACUUAUUUCAGUUUCUCUUAAUGUUAAAACUAAUUCUAUUGCUGCACUUAAUGCAACAACAGCAAGCUACUAAAGCAAUAUUAAGGCAGGGAUUCAAUACAGACAGACAGUAUGCAUGAUUUCCACAGUGCUAUAUGCGUGUUUUAGUUGCGUGUUGUGUCAUGCAUCCUCUUUUACUGCUAUUGAAACAUCAGAAUGCUUCAUAAAAAUGUGACUCAACACGUAUUCACAACACACCCUGGAUUACACAAAUAUGUUUUGGUGUUUUGUCAUAGAACUUCCUUCUAGAAUUUGACUAAAGGAAUGCAGGAAAGCACUUAAACCACCUAUUAUACAUGUAUCACUAAAAUAUGAGAACACAUUUCUACAGCUUUAGAUUUAGCAAAUCAGGCAUUUUCAGUGUUUUUAUAAUGAAAAUAAUCUUUUUAAUAUUUUGUUUUUUACUGCCAACGUACUGUACAAUAAACACCUAUCAGCGCUGAAUGUUGGUAUUAAGUCAAACUCCAGCAUUUUCCCCUGAAGGCCUUAAUAAUUUUGGGAGUAAAAUAAUAAAAUCAUAUAAAUAAUCCUGUAAUGACAGUUAAUUUGAUCUAUGCACCAACAUCUGAGGUAACUCAGGGUUAAUUCACGUGUUACCUUUUGUACAGGGGUGUUAAGCUAAUACCAUUAACAAUGGUUUCAGUAGUUUUUUUUUAUUCUGAACAUUGUUCUCAGGGUUAGCUGUAACUGCACAGUAUAAUUUUGUGUGCCUUAUGCAUACAAUUUUUGUAUAUUCAAGCAUUUCUGUUGAUGUAUCAUUUUUUUCCCCAGUUGACACUGGCUGGUAGAAAGGGAUAUUGUUCACACUUUAGCACAAUUUGAUUGUGUAAUUUGACUGUAAUACUACAAUAAGUUGUUCUGUAAAUUAUGCAUUAAGUAAUGAGGAUAUACACGCAAUGGUAUUUUAUAAAGAAAGCUGUGUUUAAAAAUGUAUUGAGGUAUGUAGGGCAUGAGAUAUGCAUUAUGUAAACAGAGAGAAGUAUGUUUGGUGAUAACAGUAAUAUGUAUUCUGGAAUGAAGGUAAAUGAAUGUUAGAAAGUUUUUAGGGGAAGUUUUUUUAACAUUGCGAGAGAGAUGGUAUGAAAUGAGUCAGAACUAUGCACAUCAAAGAGUGAUCAGGAAAUCAAUGAAAAACAACUUGUAAUAUAUAUAUAUUGUUGACUGUUUUUCUGAGCGGGUGUUAGAACUGGAAAUAUUAGUAUUGCGUAUCAGCUUACUGUUUUCUGUUUAAAGAGGUGUGAAAAGCUCAUCUGUUUUGUAUGCUCAGGGCUUUAUGGUUUCCCAGAGAUGUCACCAGCCUACACUCAGAAUAAGGCCAUUGUCUACCAAGACGAGGGGCUUUUGUCACAGUCGUGUGCUCACUGUAUGCCGUCAUCUUAAAGCGAAACUUGAAUCUUUUCCCUGCCUGGGAAACCAUCUCAAAUGAUGUUCAAGGGCCAUGAGGUAUUUGAAGCUGGAAUUCAAAAGAAAAUAGGCCAGACUGUGGAGUGCAAGGUUAGGCAGUCAGCACAGUAAUGCCAGAAUGUUUGCUAUGUCCUGCACCUGUGCUUUGAAAUAAUGAUGUUCCUGGUGUUAGAGAGACGGGAUAUGUGUAACAAAAAAAAUCACACUUCAUAUAAUGAUGAAACCUGUUUAAAACAAUUGGUAUAUUUAUCAGAAUAAAUGUUGUUCAGAUGAUUUACAUUAUUUAAUUAAAUUGUUUGAAAGCAUA